GAGUGACUUCGAUGCCAAACAGCCCGAGAGAGUGAUAGAUGUAUCUUCCUGUGUUGCUUCCCUGGCUUUUCAUCCAACCAAUCCUGCUGUGUUUGCCAUAGGAACAUUCAACGGGGAGGUGCUGGUAUAUGACCUUGUCCAUGUGGAGGAUGUAGUUCCCAUGGCCACUGGUGACUGUGGUGGGGGGAGCGUGACCACACUUUUGUGGGUUGACAGCGCCAUUGGCAGAGUCUCAGCCACCAGGUCUUCCAGCACAAUUGUUGCAACAACAAGCACAGGGUACAUAUUGGAAUGGACACUCAAUAUAACAAAACAAGAGCUCCAACUAAAAUCAGGGUUUAUGUUGCAAGGCCAAGAUGUACCACGCAGCAUAAGGACUCAAGUUGAUGAAUCAAGUGGAGUUGGGAUUGCUACUGCAUCCUUCAAUUCUGAAGAUAAAACACUUUUUGUUUUGGGAGCAGAAGUGGGCGGCAUGUUCCUCUGCUCAACAGCCCGUGAGAAAUGCCCUAAUACUCACACUCUUGGCUAUGAGGAGAACAUGAGUGGUACCGGGGAAAUUGUGAGGUAA